AUGGAGCAGUUGUCUUAUGUAGAAGGAACAAGUUCUGCUAGGGUUCCUGAUCCCUUGAACUGGUGUCUUAGAGAAAUUGCCAGUGAAUGUGUGGUUUGUACUUAUGACUCGGUCAGGGACCAGGAAUUCUCUCGUGCUGACAUCUCAGAGGUCCAAAAUGAGACUGUUCGAGGUGGCUGUGGGUCAAGAACGAUUACAGGAAACUCUGGAUCUCUUCUUCAAGUGACAAUUUCACUUAGCAAAGUAGAGCUUAGUGUGGGCGAAUCUAAAUUCUUCACAUGUACAGCAAUUGGUGAACCUGAGAGUAUAGAUUGGUAUAAUCCUCAAGGAGAGAAGAUAAUUUCAACACAGAGGGUAGCAGUGCAAAAGGAAGGUGUUAGAUCACGAUUAACCAUCUACAAUGCAAAUAUAGAGGAUGCAGGGAUAUAUCGUUGUCAAGCAACAGAUGCCAAAGGACAGACACAAGAAGCUACAGUUGUUUUGGAAAUUUACCAAAAACUCACUUUCAAAGAAGUGGUAUCACCUCAAGAAUUCAAACAAGGAGAGGAUGCAGAAGUGGUUUGCCGAGUUAGCAGCUCACCUGCCCCUGUUGUCAGCUGGUUGCAUCAUAAUGAGGAAGUCACCGCUAUUUCCGACAAUCGAUUUGCUAUGCUAGCCAACAAUAAUCUGCAGAUUCUCAACAUCAAUAAAAGCGAUGAAGGUAUAUACAGGUGUGAAGGAAGAGUGGAGGCUAGGGGAGAAAUUGACUUCCGUGAUAUCAUCGUUAUUGUUAAUGUGCCGCCAGUGAUCACAAUGCCUCAGAAAUCCUUUAAUGCCACAGCAGAGAGAGGAGAAGAGAUGACAUUAUCCUGCAGGGCCUCUGGCUCUCCUGAGCCCUCCAUCUCCUGGUACAGGAAUGGCAAGUUCAUUGAAGAAAAUGAAAAGUACAUAUUGAAAGGAAGCAAUACAGAACUCACUGUCAGGAACAUAAUUAAUAGUGAUGGGGGUCCUUAUAUCUGCAGGGCCACAAAUAAAGCAGGAGAAGAUGAAAAGCAGGCAUUUCUCCAGGUCUUUGUACAGCCUCACAUAAUACAGCUCAAAAAUGAGACUACGUAUGAGGAUGGUCAAGUCACACUUAUAUGUGAAGCAGAAGGGGAGCCUCUUCCAGAAAUCACUUGGAAAAGAGCACUAGAUGGCAUCACAUUUUCCGAAGGCGAUAAGAGCCCAGACGGCCGCAUCGAAGUCAAAGGGCACCAUGGAAGCUCAUCACUGCAUAUUAAAGAUGUGAAGUUGUCAGAUUCAGGGAGAUAUGACUGUGAAGCUGCGAGCAGGAUUGGAGGGCACCAAAAGAGCAUGUACCUUGAUAUUGAAUAUGCUCCAAAGUUUAUAUCAAACCAAACAAUUUAUUACUCUUGGGAAGGAAACCCGAUCAAUAUAAGCUGUGAUGUGAAAUCUAAUCCACCAGCAUCAGUCCACUGGAGAAGAGAGAAAUUAGUCCUGCCAGCUAAAAACACCACUAAUUUAAAGACAUAUAGUGCAGGGAGAAAGAUGAUAUUAGAGAUAGCACCUACAUCUGACAAUGACUUUGGACGAUAUAAUUGCACAGCCACUAACCGUAUAGGAACAAGAUUUCAAGAAUAUAUUCUUGCUUUGGCUGAUGUGCCAUCCAGUCCCUAUGGAGUGAAGAUUAUAGAGCUGUCACAGACCACAGCUAAGGUUUCUUUCAACAAGCCGGACUCCCAUGGAGGUGUGCCUAUUCAUCACUAUCAAGUGGAUGUCAAAGAAGUGGCAUCAGAAACCUGGAAAAUAGUACGCUCCCAUGGAGUUCAAACAAUGGUUGUUUUGAGCAACCUGGAACCAAAUACAACUUAUGAAAUCAGGGUUGCAGCAGUAAAUGGAAAAGGGCAAGGAGACUACAGUAAAAUAGAAAUCUUCCAGACAUUACCAGUCCGUGAACCAAGUCCUCCAUCCAUACAUGGGCAGCCAAGCAGUGGGAAGAGCUUUAAACUCAGUAUCACCAAGCAGGAUGAUGGAGGGGCCCCUAUUUUGGAAUACAUUGUGAAGUAUAGAAGUAAAGAUAAAGAAGAUCAGUGGCUAGAGAAAAAAGUGCAGGGAAAUAAAGACCACAUUAUUUUGGAGCAUCUACAGUGGACAAUGGGGUAUGAAGUUCAAAUUACAGCUGCCAAUAGAUUGGGAUAUUCAGAACCGACAGUCUAUGAGUUCAGCAUGCCACCAAAGCCGAACAUUAUUAAAGAUACGCUUUUUAAUGGUCUUGGGCUUGGAGCAGUCAUUGGCCUGGGAGUGGCAGCACUCUUGCUAAUCCUUGUGGUAACGGACGUCAGCUGCUUCUUUAUUAGACAAUGUGGGUUAUUGAUGUGCAUCACGAGGAGAAUGUGCGGGAAGAAGAGUGGCUCUAGUGGGAAAAGUAAAGAACUCGAAGAAGGAAAAGCUGCAUACCUGAAAGAUGGAUCUAAAGAACCAAUAGUGGAGAUGAGAACAGAGGAUGAAAGAAUCACUAACCAUGAGGAUGGGAGCCCAGUAAAUGAGCCAAAUGAAACCACACCACUAACAGAACCUGAAAAAUUGCCUUUAAAAGAAGAAAAUGGAAAAGAAGUCUUAAAUCCAGAAACUAUAGAAAUUAAGGUUUCUAACGACAUCAUACAAUCAAAAGAAGACAGCAAAGCAUAA